AUUCUUGUUUUUUUCUUAAAUACUUUUUUUGAAUCAUUUUACGUUACACCUAUCAAUUGAUACCGAUUCAAUCCAAAGGAUCGUGAUUUAAGACUAUGGUAAGAACCAAGGACAUCCUGUAAAAAAUUACAAUUCUUGGAUCAUUUCUGACAGAUCUCCUCCAUGAUUGAUUCCUGCUGGUUCCUGGAUCGAAUCGGCCUCCCGCGUCAGCUCUCUCACAGUCUCACCGAAUCACCCGACUCACCCGUCGUUAAAAGCUUUAAAAUGACAAAGUUUUUGAAUACCUUCCUGCAAAUACUGAAGCCACGGGUAACUUAAGAGUACUCGAAACCCUAGAUCUUCUUCCCCACCUUCUUAUACCGCUGGGUUAUUGAAUUUUGUCUCAUUUUCCUCUUGAUUCGAUCCCUCCGUUCCAAAAGAGAUGGAUGAUAGCUGUGCCGUCUGCGCGGAGCCUCUUGAGUGGGUCGCGUACGGACCUUGCGGUCAUCGCGAGGUCUGCUCGACCUGCGUCACCCGUCUUCGAUUUAUCUGCGACGAUCGCCGUUGCUGCAUCUGCAAGACUGAGUGCAAAGUUGUCUUUGUCACGAAGGCUUUAGGGGAUUAUACGAGGACGAUAACCGACUUUUCGGUCUUCCCAUCUGAUUCAACGGAGGGUCAAGUGGGAAUAUAUCAUUACCAUGAGGAUACACAAGCUUAUUUUGAUGAUUCAGAUUAUUACAAAAUGAUCAGAGCAAUGUGUAGGCUCUCUUGCAGUGUAUGUGACAAGAUGGGGGAUGAAGGGAAUGAUGGCUCCAAGAGAAGGGGAAAGUUUAGAAAUGUUGAGCAGUUGAAGAGUCAUUUAUAUCACCGGCAUAAAUUGUUUAUGUGUAGUCUAUGUUUGGAAGGAAGGAAGAUAUUUAUUUGUGAACAAAAGUUAUAUACUAGAUUGCAGUUGAACCAACAUAUAAACACGGGUGACUCUGAAGUGGAUGGCAGUGAAAGUGAAAGAGGUGGUUUUAUGGGCCAUCCCAUGUGUGAGUUCUGCAGACGCCCAUUCUAAGGGGAAAAUGAGUUGUAUUCGCAUAUGUCUACUGAACAUUUUACCUGCCACAUAUGCCAAAGGCAACAUCCAGGACAGUUUGAAUAUUAUAAAAAUUAUGAUGAUUUGGAGAUCCAUUUCCGUCGUGAGCAUUUCCUAUGUGAGGAUGAAGCUUGCCUCGCCAAAAAGUUCAUUGUUUUUCCAGCAGAAUCCGAAUUGAAGAGGCAUAAUGCUAUAGAGCAUGGCGGGCAUAUGUCUCGUUCAAAGCGGAAUGCUGCCCUACAGAUUCCAACUAGCUUCCGAUAUCGGCGAAGUAAUGAACAAGAUCAUCGUCGUGGAAGGGGCCGUGUGUUCCAUUCAGAUUCCCCUGAUGGCCAACUUUUGUUGGCCAUUCAAGCGAGCUUUGAGACAGCCAUCGAGGAGAACACGAUCCAUGACCCUUCAGCCAGCACACAAGUUUCUGAUCCUGCUGAGAUCACUGAGCUUGGAACAGUCUCAGACUCCCCUGAAUCCUCUUUUCCUCCGCUACCUACAACACAUUCUGAGACCUAUUCAAGAUACCUUCAGGCAGUGGGACAGAACACUAAAAAGGCACCUUUAGAAGAAUCCUCUUUUCCUCCACUUCCUUUGGCACAAGGUAGCAGUCAACAGAAGACUAAACAACCCAAAGGGACAGGUAAGACCACGAUGGCUGCUCGGCUCCGCCACCACAACAAUGGCACUGUAAAUGUUCUCAAUUCAGCUCUGGCUUGGCCGGCAGCAAGAUCAACAACUAGUAGUUCUGCUCAGUUUAGGCCCCCAACUGAUUAUGGACUUGUGUCACAACCUAGUCAUGCCAGCUCUUCCCAGAGUAAGCUGGUCACAACAAAUGGUCUUGUACCAUCUAGUUAUGCGAGUUCUGCUCAAGCAAGGCCAGCAACAGUUCAUGGACUUGCAUCGGCUAGCUCUGCAAGCUCAUCAUGGAAUUCAAGUGGUGCUGGUAGGAUCAGCCACUCUGCAUCAGCUCCUAAUCUUGUAGAGACGGGAUCUGUGGACUCUUCCAUGACUCAUUUUCCUCCUGUUUCGGCAGCACAAAAACAGAAAGUGCAAAAAAAUCGUGAAUCUGUGUGUAAUGUUGAAGAUGUUCGUACUGCAAACAAAUCUUUGGUGGAAAGGAUCCGUGCUGCCCUGGAAUUUGAUGAGAACAAAUUCGGUGCUUUCAAAGAGAUAUCAGCCGAGUAUCGUCAAGGUACGAUUGAUGCAGUUGAGUAUCUAGCUUAUUCUCUGCAGUUUGGGCUGUCACAUCUUGUUCCCGAGCUGGCUAGACUCUGUCCUGAUCUUCAGAAGCAGAAAGACUUGCUUGAAAUCUACAAUGCCAAUCUGUGUGACUCUACCCAUCAAAAUGGAUGGGGCAGCAGUUCUAGUCAUUCAAAAGACAUUAAAAGUGGGAACGAGGGUAAGGGUAAGGGUAAGGGUAAGGGUAAGGGUAAGGGCAAGUGCUUGGGUUACACAAAUGGCAAUUCGUCGGAAAUUCUGGUCAGAAACAAGGGUAAAGGUGAGCAUUUGGAUGAUGCAAGCACCAAGGAUACUUUAGCAGACAGCGUCAUAAGCACUGUAAAGAAACUGCAGUUAGGUUAUAAGCCUCCUGAAGGAGAUGUUGAGGUGCUACCAAAGGAUGGAUAUCGUUCUUCCAAAGGAAAAUCACAGGUAUUAGUUGAUGACCAGGUGGGAUUGAGUGCUGCCAGUUCACAGCUUGUGGGGUCAACGAACCAAAAUGAUUCACGGUCUACUGGUGGUGGUCAGAACCAAAGCUUGGGUACUGGGGGAGGAGGAAGUAAACACCGGAAGAAGACUUCAAAGUUCCAUAGAGUUCGUCUCGGUGAUGGCUCAGCAGCAGCAAUUUUAGAGCUUAGGCAUUCUGAGCCCAUUUCUGAACAAGUUGAAAGGACUGAGAAUGGGGAUGAGAGUUCUUCCACCGCUGAAGGUUUGCCUGUUCGUGGAGUUUGGCGAAGUGGUGGAGGGCAGAGACUUGUGAGCCAAGUGAGAAAGCAAAGCUGAUUGAAUUGGCGGUCUAGCAUUGUAGAGCAGUGCAAGUUUCUCGUAGCUGAGCUGGGUUGUCAUUGAAAUUAGUUUAUAUAUAGGUGGGUCCCUUUUUGUAUUCCCACUACAAUCAUUCUGUGUAGCUACACAUUCCAUUAGCAGCUGUGGUUUUUCCAGUUAGGUAGGUACCAGCUCAUAGUGAAGUAUACCGAUACUAGUAGUGUCUUUUUACUGAGAAGGGGAAGAAGAUGAGGUUCUAGGUCUUGUUUUCUAUUUGUAAUAUUUUGUUCAUAUUAUAUAUCCCUUCUGUUUUAGUGGGAGAUUCAUAUUACAUAACACUGGACGGGAGCUGGGGUUAAUUUGAAAAUAGCCUGACGUUUCUCUGUUGAUGCGACA